UGUCAAUGUCAUUGUCACUUGCGCGAGCCCGGUUUCUUUGUUUAUAAUUUUAUUUAUUUUUAGUUAAUUACUGCAGGACAACGUAGUAAAUAUUUAAUAUUCACAAAAUACAUCAGUCUGAUUACAUAGUUACAAUGGUGCUACCUACUUCAACUGUUUUAGGAUUGGCUGGGCUGAAAAGAGUUUACAUCAACAAAUCAAACGUUGAUGCACAGGUUAAAACUAUAUUGGAUUCCCACCUCAUCAGUGUUGAUGACUUCAAUGGGUGGCUGCUGAAAGCUAUCACAGUCAUUGAUUUGACUACACUCUCUGGCGAUGAUACUAGGUCCAAUGUAUUUAGGCUGUGCGUAAAGGCAGCAAAUCCUUUACCACCAGACUUUGUUACCAAAUUAGGACUAAAGGAACCGAUAAGAACUGCAGCUGUGUGCGUGUACCCCAGCAGAGUGAAAGAUGCAUAUGAGGCUUUAAAACUGAUGAAGCUUACUACAGAUAUCAAUAUAGCAGCUGUCGCCACUGGCUUCCCAUCUGGACUUUACCCACUAGAAACUAGAUUACAAGAAAUCAACUUUGCUGUGUCAAAUGGAGCCACAGAAAUUGAUGUGGUGUUAGACCGCAGCUUGGUACUCACUGGCCAGUGGGACUCACUGUACUAUGAAGUCCAGCAGAUGAGGAAGGCAUGUGGAAAAGCCCACCUUAAAGUAAUUCUUGGUGUUGGAGAAUUAGGGAGCUAUGAUAACAUUUACAAAGCUUCGAUGGUGUCUAUGAAGGCUGGAGCAGACUUCAUCAAGACCUCCACUGGUAAAGAGGCGGUGAACGCUACUCUGCCUAUUGGCCUUAUAAUGUGCAGAGCUAUAAGGGAGCAUUACCAGACGACUGGUGUUAAGGUGGGUCUAAAACCAGCGGGUGGCAUUAAAACAGCAAGAGAUGCAGUUAAUUGGUUGGUCCUUGUAUACACAGAGUUAGGACCAGAAUGGCUCAACCCUAAACUGUUCCGCAUUGGUGCUUCCAGUCUUCUUGGUGAACUAGUCAAUAGUCUUAAAUUGAAAUAACGUUACCGGUGAAUUAAGCAAUCAAGAAAUAAGGUUUUUAUAUACAUUUUAUGAUAUUUGUUAAACCUAAACAAGCAAGAAACAUAAUAUAUUUUUAUAAAACCAUUGUAAUGUGCAUGGUACGUGCCAUAUUGUUAAAAAAGUGUUACACUAUCUAGAUUUAAGUAUACUUUCCAUUCCAUUUUUUUUUAUUGUUAUUUGGUGGUCAUGACCAAAAAUAUGUCAAAAAUAAAAGAUUUAUUGUAGUUAUGCACCUAACAAAGUUUAAAUCUUGCAACUUUAAAAGGCUUCGAUUGUUUUCAAAGAAGACAGUGUGAUAAUUUGGGAUACUUUUGUUAAAAUAUUAAUAAAAAAUAAGAGAUAUGUAUUGUA